AUAAUUUUAUUGAGUUGAGAAAAAUAGAGUAAUAAAUUGUUUUAAUCCGAGAUAAUUGUGAAAUUUGAAACAGUGCCUUUCACUGAGUCUCGCUUCCCCGCUCCUCACCGCUCUUCCCCACCUACACCUAUAAUAUAACACUCUCUCUCUCUCUCUACUGUCUCCCAAUUUCAUCGCUUACUCUCUCUCUCUGGAGCGUUCUCUAUUUACAGUGAGCUUCUCUAGACCGCGAUCGCCGGAAAAAUCAUAAUCCGAUUACCUGAGCUUAGGCUCGGCUAAAUUAUGGACUGUUCUUCUUCGAUGCAUCCAAAUGCAAACAAAGAGAACGUCUCUACUUCAGAUGUUCAGGGAGGUUUUGGCCGCAUAACGAGAUCACGAGCUAAGAAGGCCUUGGGAGGAGGAGUAUCUAUACCUCCAACAAAGCCCUCUUUUAAACAGCAAAAGAAGCGUUCGGUACUUCAGGAUGUGAGUAAUACCUCUGCAGGACAUAUAUAUUCUGACCUUCUCAAAGGAGGGAACAUCAAGGUUACCAGAAAAAGUCUAAAACAGUGUAAAAAGGCAGCAAAGGGAGGUGCUGAUGUUGCCAUGGAGAUUCUGGAUGAUAUGCAUACUGAAAAAUCGAAACUAGCUGAAGAUUUGUCCAAGAUCAGGAUGGCUGAAUCCCUAAAUGCUUCUCUUUCCAUCUCUAAAGAUGAAGAAAUUACUGAGCAACAGGAAGACGGAUCUGGUGCAAUGGAUUUUUGUCAAGUUGUAGAUAUCGAUACCAAUGAUAAAGAUCCUCAGUGUUGCAGCUUGUAUGCUGCUGAUAUAUACGACAACAUAAAUGUUGCAGAGCUUCAACCGCGACCCUUGGCUAAUUAUAUGGAGCUUGUGCAGCGAGAUAUCGACCCAUCCAUGAGAAGGAUUCUGAUUGACUGGCUUGUAGAGGUUUCUGAAGACUACAAUCUGGUUCCAGAUACGCUUUACCUUACUGUGAAUCUUAUUGAUCGGUUUUUAUCCAACAGUUGCAUUGAAAGGCAUAGACUCCAGCUCCUUGGUGCCACUUGCAUGCUUAUAGCUUCAAAAUACGAAGAGCUUUGCGCACCACCGGUGGAGGAGUUUUGCGAUAUUACGGCCAAUACAUACACGAGACCGGAAGUGCUGAGCAUGGAGAUUCAAGUUCUAAAUUUCGUGCAAUUUAAAUUAUCUGUUCCUACCACCAAAACCUUUCUGAGGCGGUUUCUUAGAGCAGCUCAAGCUUCUUACAAGGUAUUGAACAAUGAUCCAUUCGCCAUCAAUCCUCACACCACUAUAGAGACUUGGAAUCUGAUUUUGCUUCUUUUUUCACAAUUUAUGCAGUCGCCUCUGAUUGAAAUGGAGUUUUUAGCAAACUAUCUUGCCGAGCUGACACUCAUGGAAUAUAAUUUCCUAAGGUUCCUGCCAUCACUAGUUGCUGCGUCAGCUGUUUUCCUAGCCAGAUGGACCCUCGACCAAACUGAAGAUCCUUGGAAUCCUACUCUGCAGCACUACACAAGAUACGAGGUAGACGAGCUGAAAACCGCAGUACUCGCAAUGGAGGAACUGCAGCUCAACACCAGUGGAUGUACCCUCACUACAACCCGUGAAAAAUACAACCAACCAAAGUUUAAGAGCGUGGCGAAGAUGACAUCUCCCAAACGAGUCUCACCACUUUUCUCAGGAUGAGAUUAAAGCAAUAACGAAGGCCGGUGGUGAUCAAUCCCUAGUUUCAGACAUUGGAUUUAGUGGUCUCUUCCUUUGACCAUUGAUUUCCCAGUGUUUGUUUCUGCUCAAGUUUUGUCUGUCUGUUUCUAUGUAGCUAUUGUGUGGCGCUAGUGAUUUAUAAGACUAUUUAAGGAAUUUUGUUAUCUCAUUUCUACACCUAUUCACCACCUUGCAAGAUUAUGUACUUAAGAGCUCUUGUAAAACGAAUAGUGACAAAAGUUAUAAUAAUAUAUAUGAUUCAUGUUUCA